AUGGCGUCCGUUCCAAGGCCUCGUCGCCUCAUCGGCUUAUACAGCCGUCGCUACUCAACGACCCCAACCUCAUCAACCCGCCUGAACCUCCCAAUAGACUACAAAUCCACGCCGCUGCUCCACCACACCCCAUCCUCCCUCAUGAACACCCUAAACCUCCCCCCAUCCAGCACCUCGAAAUCAAUGAACCUAUAUACAGCAAUCAACGGCGCACUCCGUACAGCACUUUCAAAAUCCAACAAAGUGAUGCUUUUCGGCGAAGAUGUCGCCUUUGGCGGUGUGUUCAGGUGCUCGAUGGAUUUGCAGACGGAGUUUGGCUCGGAGAGGGUCUUCAACACGCCUCUGACAGAACAGGGAAUAAUCGGUUUUGCGAUUGGUGCUGCGGCCGAGGGGAUGAAGCCCGUUGCGGAGAUCCAGUUUGCCGACUAUGUCUUCCCCGCAUUUGAUCAGAUUGUCAACGAGGCGGCGAAAUUCAGGUACCGGGAGGGUGCGACGGGGGGAAGUGCUGGUGGGUUGGUGAUACGGAUGCCGUGUGGUGCUGUAGGGCAUGGCGCUUUGUACCACUCGCAGUCACCCGAAGCGCUGUUCGCACAUAUUCCUGGUCUCCAAGUCGUCAUGCCUCGCUCGCCCUCACAAGCCAGAGGCCUGUUGCUUUCGGCUAUAUUUGAGAGCAAGAACCCGGUUGUGUUCAUGGAACCGAAAGUGCUUUACCGGGCGGCGGUGGAGCACGUUCCCAGCGAGUACUAUACGAUCCCUCUGAACAAGGCCGAAGUGAUCAAGCCGGGGAACGAUCUUACCAUCAUCUCGUAUGGGCAGCCCUUGUACCUCUGCUCGGCAGCGAUAGCGGCUGCAGAAAAAGCUCUAGGCGCUAGUGUGGAGCUGAUUGACUUGCGGACCAUCUACCCUUGGGACCGACAGACGGUGCUGGAUAGCGUGAAGAGGACGGGGAGGGCUAUUGUUGUGCAUGAGAGCAUGGUGAAUUUUGGAGUCGGUGCCGAAGUCGCUGCUACAAUUCAGACCGGUGCGUUUUUGAGUCUGGAGGCUCCAGUUAAGCGAGUAGCAGGAUGGAGUACGCAUACAGGCUUGACGUAUGAGAAGCUGAUUCUUCCUGAUGUUGCACGGAUAUAUGAUGCGAUUAAACAGACGCUUGAGUAUUGA